AUGGCGAAAGCCUUCAAGUUUUGGCUCAGAGAGCUGGGUCUCGAUUCCAUCAUUAUCUUUCAGCCAGAGGCUGCCCUUUUCAACAAAUACAUGAAGACCUCCUACUUUGAGAUGGUCAUCGUAGCUGUCUGUCGAUCUAUCAUCAUUAUCCACCUGCUCGGUCUGAGUCACUUCAUUACUCUUGGAUUCGCCGUCGGGUUGUCUUUUUGCAGCGGCUUCCUGGUUCUUCGAAUCAUCCAGGAUGGCAGGAAGGUCCCAAUGAGUAGUCUUCGUGUUGUGGUCCAAGCAAUAGAUGCGGCCAUUGCUAUCCCUUCGCUGCGACCAAUCCUCAGGGAGAUCAUUCCCAGGGCCCAAAUAUUUAUCAACAUCAACCUCGCCCACAACAACAGUGCUGUGUCCCACAUCCGGCACACUGUAGAUGUCUCUCAACUGACGUGGAUCACGAUCUUCAAAUCGCCAGAACAUUCCGGCAUGAGUCUUCUGAACCAGUUGCUUUCCUACUGA